CUGACGAACGGCUAACCAGUUAGCAUACAUGUAACUGUAGUUUUUCAGCCGCUGCGGCAUUUACUUGAUAGGAUUAUGUAAUGUCAUCCUGCGUAUCACUAAAACAUAAUUUUAAAUCCGUAAAAUUCAUAACUUUUAAAAACAGUUGCUUUACAAACAUACCUCAACUCUACAGCUCUUGAACACCUCCUUCACUGAACGUAUGAAAUUGAAAGCCAAAAGGCAUGGCGAAGAGUCUGAAGAUGAAGAUCGCCGUGCUGGGAGCCACUGGGCAGACUGGACAGUAUCUGGUCAACCAGGCGCUGCAGCAGGGUCACACAGUCACCGCCAUCGUCAGGAACCCGGGAAAACUCAGCUUGCAUCAUGAUAAUCUCAAGAUGGUGGAAGCUGAUAUUUUCUCAGCAGACAGUCUGAAGACUCACUUCAAAGGACAGGAUGUGAUCAUGUCCUGCCUCGGCUUCCCGGUCUCCUUUCUCUCGGCGGUGACGGGCUACACACUGUCCAUGAACAGUGUGAUCAGCGCCAUGCGGGAGUCCGGGGUCAAUAGGAUCAUCACCAUGAGCUCAUGGUUCACUGAGCCUAACUCUGGAGGGCAGGCACCUUAUUUCAUCCGGUUCCUCCUGUUGCCGAUGAUCCGAGGCGUCCUCAACAACAUGCAUGAGAUGGAAAAGCUUCUGGAGAAGUCUGAGGACAUCAACUGGACUGUGGUUCGCCCGCCUGGUUUAAAGAACCUGCCGGCCUCAGCUCAGGAGUUUCUGACACAUGAGGGAUACUUUGUUCCCAACGGCGGUGGUAAUGCAAUGGGAAGAGGAGACGUGGCUCGCUUUAUGCUCUCUCUACUCAACAGCAACGCCUGGGUCAAGAAGGGAGUUGCCAUCGUUACCAGAUGAGAAAAAAGUAGCCAAUAAUGGCAUUAAUGAAGGGUUGAUUCAGCCAAAAAACACUAAUCUCUUGUGAUGUCUUUCUAAAUUGUCGAGGUUUUGAGAUAUGGACGUUUGAGAUAUUUGCCUCCAUGGAAAAGAAAGUAUUUUUAUUUAUUUUUUGACAGUCCACAACUUUACUGUUGUAAUUCGAUCUCACAGCAGUAGCUCCAAAAAGCAGCCAUACCUUUUAAUAUUUUUUUUUCUAUUAACAAUUUUACCAUUAUGUUGUUACCCUUUGUGAGAGUUCUGUGCACUUACAUAUGUGAUCAAUGUUCAUAACUUCAGCCACAUGAGGGCAGCAUUGCACAAACAUGUCCAUUAGGGCUGGUCAAUAUAUCAAAAUUAUAUAGAUACCGUGAUCUAAGACUAGAUAUUGUCUUAGAUUUUGAAUAUCGUAAUAUUGGGGUAUGGCAUGAAUGUUGUCUUUUACUGGUUUUAUGGCUGCAUUACAGUAAAGUGAUGUACCUUUCUGAACUUACCAGACUGUUCUAGCUGUUCUAUUAUUUGACUUUUCCCCACUUAGACAUUAUGUCCACAUUACUGAUGAUUAUUUAUCUAAAAUCUAAGCGUGAAGGUAUUUUGUUACAGCACCAAUUGUCAACACUAGAAUAUCGCUGCAGUAUGGAUAUCGAGGUUUUUGGUCAAGAAUAUUGCCAUAUCUGAUUUUUUCCUUAUCGCCCAGCCCUAAUGUCCAUAUGCUUUUUCACUUACUGCCACUAUAGCGCCUCUGUUCACAUGAGUACUUCAUAUAAUCCAAAUAUGUACUGGAUCAGUUCUGUAAAAUAAACAUAUAAUAAUGAAUGAGAA